AUGCCCCGUGAGGAGAUGCCAGUUCGGGUGGGCACCGUUCCGAAUGGGUGCUCUUUCUUCCCUUCCAGGAGCUACGUGGCGGCUCCCGGGGGAGAGUCUCCAGGCAGAGCUGCUGAAUUCGUGACAGUGGACGGUCAAAACCUGGCUACCGACAAUGUGACUGUGAUCGAAGGAGAAAUGGCCACCAUCAGCUGCAGAGUCCGAGACAAUGAUGACUCAGUGAUCCAGCUCCUGAACCCCAACAGACAGACCAUCUACUUCAAAGACUACAGACCUCUGAAGGACGCCCGGUUCCAGCUGGUGAAUUUCUCUGACAACGAGCUGCGGGUGUCUCUGUCCAAUGUGUCACUCUCCGAUGAGGGCCGCUAUGUGUGCCAGCUCUACACAGAUCCUCCUCAGGAAGCCUACGCAGACAUCACUGUCUUGGUUCCGCCGGGCAGCCCAAUCAUCGAGAGCCAGGAGGAACUGGUGAGUGAGGGCAACGAGACGGAGCUCACCUGCACGGCCAUCGGCAGUAAGCCAGCUGCCUCUAUCCGAUGGAUGAAAGGGGAGGAAGAACUGACAGGAGAGGCGACGGUGGAGGAGACUUAUGACAGGAUGUUUACCGUCAGCAGUCGCGUGAGGUUUUCUGUCACCAAAGACGAUGAUGGAGUGCCAGUGGACUGCAUCAUUGACCACCCAGCUGUAAAGGACCUCCUGGCUCAAAGACACUUGGAAGUGCUAUAUAAACCCGAAGUGAAGAUUGUGGUGACAUAUCCUGAAGGCCUGACACGAGAGGGAGACAACUUAGAUUUGACGUGCAUCGCAGAGGGAAAACCACAUCCUCAUCAGAUAAACUGGCUGAGAGUGGAUGAAGACGUGCCGCCUCACGCUGUCGUCACGGGCUCAGACUUGUACAUCGAGAACCUGAACAAGUCUUACAACGGGACGUACCGCUGCGUGGCCUCCAACACUGUGGGGGAGGCCUUCGACGACUACAUCCUCUACGUCUAUGAAUCCGUCAUGAUGGGUGCACAUGAGGAGAGGCAGUCAUUAAUUCUGGGCGUUGCUGGGGGGUGGGUGUUGUGGUGUGGCAGAGGAGCGGCGAGCGAGGAAUGGUACACAGAUGAAUGGCUGAUAAUCCUCACUCAGUCCAGCAGCUGUCUGGCGUGA